AUGAUUUAUGUUACGCAGUACAAGACUGUUACUUUUGAAUCAAGCCACUUGAUUUCCAGCGGCCCGUACCUGAAAUCUGGCAUGGUACAAGCAACUGGUGGUUCAGGAAUAUUGGCUGCUUCCACGGGAUCACCUGCAAGAGCUACUGGGUGGAAUAAAACCAGCAGUCUUCCGCAAAGCUCCCGGAUUCCAUCCGCACCUAGCACACUGCCGUCUUUGGGUCUUGCACCGAGUGUGUUUCCAUUUCCUGGCAAAGCAUUUCACUUAGCACCUUCAAUUUUUCUCAUGGCUUGUAUGUUUGUCUUUGUGCAAAUGUGGAUAUGCCAUGGCCUGGAUGUGUAG